AACAGUCGGUCUUUGAUAUCCUAAGAAGAAGAAGAAGGAAGCGCGCCCCCUGCAGGAAUGGAACUUCAUACUACUGCUAAGCCCCUGAUUUCAUGCACCGCCAUAUUGACAACCUAACAACGUUGAGAGGCUUUUUAUCGUGGUGUUGAUUCUAGUGAUGACUCUACUGAGCCCAGUGCCCCCGGAUUAGACUGGUUGGAUGUCCUCCUCAACAUUCAGUUUCUCAACCAUAAAGGCAUCUCAUCCGUUCUUGUUAUAUCCCACCUGUCAUCAGCAGCUUGGAGCAAAACUCCAAGGUGAUCCAGAAAAGAUCCUUUUGUAGAAUAUGUCAGGCCCGGUUCCAAGCCGCUCUCGAGUUUACCCUGAUGUAAACACACAGAGGCCCCGGGAGUACUGGGACUAUGAGUCCCACGUGGUUGAAUGGGGGAAUCAAGAUGACUACCAACUGGUGCGAAAACUGGGCAGAGGCAAAUACAGUGAAGUGUUUGAAGCCAUUAACAUAACCAACAAUGAGAAGGUUGUUGUCAAAAUACUUAAGCCUGUUAAAAAGAAGAAAAUCAAGAGAGAAAUCAAGAUUCUGGAAAACCUGAGGGGUGGUCCCAACAUCAUCUCCCUUUUAGACAUUGUCAAGGAUCCUGUGUCGCGCACUCCUGCACUGGUUUUCGAACAUGUAAACAACACAGACUUCAAGCAAUUGUAUCAAACCUUAUCAGACUUUGACAUCCGGUUCUACAUGUAUGAAAUCCUGAAGGCCCUGGAUUACUGCCACAGUAUGGGGAUCAUGCACAGAGAUGUCAAGCCACACAAUGUAAUGAUAGACCAUGAACACAGAAAGCUCCGUCUGAUCGACUGGGGCUUGGCUGAGUUCUAUCACCCAAACCAGGAGUACAACGUGAGAGUAGCCUCCAGGUACUUCAAAGGCCCUGAGCUGCUGGUAGACUACCAGAUGUAUGACUACAGCCUGGACAUGUGGAGCUUGGGUUGUAUGUUGGCCAGCAUGAUCUUCAGGAAGGAACCCUUCUUCCAUGGGCACGAUAACUACGACCAGCUUGUGCGGAUUGCUAAAGUUCUUGGGACAGAGGAUCUGUAUGAUUACAUUGACAAGUACAACAUCGAACUAGACCCUCGUUUCAAUGACAUUUUGGGCAGACACUCCCGCAAGAGGUGGGAGAGGUUUGUGCACAGUGAGAACCAGCACCUGGUGAGCACUGAGGCCUUGGACUUCCUGGACAAGCUUCUGCGUUACGACCACCAAGCCCGCCUCACUGCCAGAGAGGCCAUGGAUCACGCAUACUUCUACCCCAUCGUCAAGGAUCAGGGAAGGGGGACCACUCCUGGAGGAAUGGCUGCCACCUCCACACCGGUCAGCUCCUCAAGUAUGAUGGCAGGCAUCACCUCGAUGUCCUCCGCACAGCCAAUGGCUAACAUAGCUGGAUCCCCUGUCAUCUCUGCCCCCAACACUUUGGCUACACAAGUCCCAGCCUCCACUGGGGCCCAGCCCUGAACCGACCUCCUCAUGGCACCUCCUCGCCUGUGUUUGUGUGCGCCCAUAUCCAGCCUAGCUAGUUCUCAGUGAAGGCCAGGCCCAUGGGUCUCCUUUUUAUUAUGUUGAGAAUAACACAAAAAAAAGAAUUGAAUUGCUUUUCAUGUUCAGUUAUAUUUUGGGAUCUGAACUUGACAGAAAUGUAUAGUCGCACCUGUCAGGAUUAUUAGAAUCAAUAUGGUUGUGUUAUUUCACAAUGCCAGUGUCUAGAAAUUCUAAUACAAUGUAGACAUGAAGAAGAGAAUGGAUAAUAAAAUUUAUUUUGUAUGUCCCAAAUAAUCAGUCUUGCUUGAACCAGUUUGUUGGGGGAUCCUGCUGUAGUAUUUCACUGUGAACCUUUACACAACUUCGAAUAAGAAGACCAGAUUCUGAUGUAGUUCUUGGAAGGUUGCACACACACACUACCACUUAUGUGCAGGAGUUAUUGGUGUUUGAAGUUGUUAGAAACUAUCAUUCUUGGAUUGGACUUUUGUAGAUAUUCUACAGUUACUGUCAGGUUGCAUGCACCCAAUGCUGAUUAUAACAGGGUCAAUAGUUUGCCAAUUUUGUGUUACCUUCACUUCAGUAUGUGUGUUCAUGUUUGUUUUUUAUGAAGUCUCUUACACAUGGUUUUGAUUACAUAUACAAUUUUGUAACUUUUUGUUUUUAUGUUGGGAGGAGUCUUAUCACCUGCAAAACAACUUCAGAAAUAAAUGAUUUAAACAGGUA